CCAUUUACAGAAUAGAUGAAGACACAAAUAGAUUUGAUAAAAACGUGCUUUCUGUGGUACAGAAGUAGGUUCCCAAAGUGGAGGACAAGUGGCUUGAUAGAAAUAGCCAACCUGAAAGUACUACAUCAAGCACAUAAAUUGAAAACGCUCGUCGAAGGCAGAAUUUCUGCUAUGUACUCGUGGGGCCGUUGCAGCUCAGGACAACUGGGUCAAGGUGGCAUAGACGAUGCUUACGUUAGCACACCAUUGAGAGUGAAGGCGCCGGUCGAAGACUCCAGGAAUUACCUCAAUUGUGUGAUUUCAGUCGGGUGUGGUUGGGAGCACACUGUGAUUGCGACGGAAGAGGGAGAGUUGUACUCAUGUGGUAGCAAUGAUCACGGGCAGCUGGGACUGACUACAGGAAGGAAGAGAUUUGAGAGGGUCGGAGCAUUGGAAACAAAGUCGAUCACACAGGUAUCAUGUGGGUGUGUACACACAGUUGCCUUGUCAUCAUCAGGAGAAGCGUUCACGUGGGGAUCGAACAGUGAUGCUCAGUUAGGAAUAGCCACAGUUGACAACUGCUCCAGUGUGCCAAGACUUGUCAAAGGUUUAUGCUCAUAUUCUGUUGUUCAAGUCAGUUGUGGAGAUUUACAUACGUUAGUUUUAACUGCAGAUUGUCAAGUUUAUGGUUGGGGAUCAAACAGUCACUGGCAAGUGGGAUUGCCUCAUAGUCGCUCUAACAUUCUAAAACCCGAACGUCUGAAAUUUCCUUUUGGUGUGCCUCUCAUUCAAGUAGCAGCCGGUGGAUAUCACAGUCUAGCAUUGACUGUUAGCGGUCAUUUGUACAGUUGGGGAAAGAAUGAGUUUGGGCAACUGGGAGUGGGUGACAAGUUUAGUCGCUCAUUGCCGACUUUGGUGACAUCAUUGCCACGACAACACAUAUGCUACGUUGCUUGUGGUGAAGAUCACUCAGCUGCGCUAACAAAGUCGGGAGCCGUGUUUACAUUUGGUUCUAGUGGAAAUGGUCAGCUGGGUCAUAACAUGCAAACACAAGAGCUACGACCAAAACAGGUGGCUGAGCUGAUGGGGUCUGAAGUAAUCCAGAUUGCUUGUGGUCGUCAACAUAUGCUAGCUCUCGUUCAAAGUGGACGUUUGUAUUCAUGGGGUUUAGGUGGUAGUGGGCAGCUUGGUCUAAAGAGUACGAAAUCGUGCAGCUCACCAUGUGCAGUAACUGACGCCGAAUGGACAUCGAGGGCCACUGUGGUACAAAGAAUCUGUGCUGGAGGAGAUCAGUCAUUCGCGUGUGUUGUAUCAUUACAUUGCUUGCGGUUGGACUUUCGGCAAUGGAAUGUGAACGUAACUCCGUCAUUUCUAUCACAAGAAAGUCUCGAAACGUUGAUUCGUAAUGCAAUGCAUAGUAAAAACUUUGUCGAACUGCUGAGGAAGUUGGAAAUUGUAUUAACAAAUGCAUCACUCAUUAAUGGAUCAUUUGUACUAGGUGAUGAGAACUCUGAGAUGGAUGGUGCGUUACUGAAAGUCGAUAUGUCUUCAGUUCGACAGCUAUUUAAACUAUUAGACUCAAUCCAAUUGACAGAAGUCAAGCAAACAGUUGAACAUGUCUUCACUAUUCUCGUCCAUAAUCUUACGUCUCAUCAAUUGUCAAUCAUGGCGUGUCCUGAAUGCUUUCGAGUGUUCGUCAUUGUACCCGAAUGUGAGCUCUUUAUUCGGCCACUAAUUCACUGCAGGCUUAUCGGACAAUUUGCAUCUGCAAUCAUCUCUCUCAACGAAACACACAAGCAACUUAUCAGUGAAUGGUAUCAGAGACUAAGGCCGACAUUUUUUGAACGUGUUGUUUUGGUUUUUCACUGCUGUGUCAGUUUUAUUGUUGAUUUAGUUUCUCAACAGGCAGCGUUAACACACGAGAAUCUUAAGAAAUGUGAACACUACGAAGUUUUGGUUAGUUGUCUUAGUGUUCUCAGUUUCUGCAGUCAGAUUAAUGAGCAGUCGACUGGUUUGAUAUCACACAAAUUGUUUUAUGUGAAGCAGUUGAAUGAGGCACAAACGUUUGACUUAAACAGAGACUAUGUACAUUUUCUGAAGAAAGACUUCAGUCAACUUUCGUUUUGUCGUUUUUCAUUUGUCUACGAUAUGUGCACAAAGGCACAGUUGCUAAAGGCUGAUGCACACAUUCAAAUGCAAUCUGCGGUGCAUCAAGCUCAUAUACAGAACCUGCAAAGCUUGUUUCUAAACAACGUGCCACAGAGUGCUUAUCUUUUUAUGCGAGUUCGUCGGGAGAAUCUUUUGCAAGAUACACUGGACACGGUAGUUUACUAUUGCUCCGAGAACAUCAUGUUGUUCAAGAAACCAUUGCUGGUUACUUUUGUUGGAGAAGAAGGUCACGAUGCUGGGGGAGUCAAAAAGGAGUUUUUCCUCUUGUUGAUGCAGUCUCUCUUAAAUCCUGAUUUUGGCAUGUUUACUGUGUUUGAAGAAAGUCAACUGACUUGGUUUCUUGAGAAUUCUAUGGAAGAGUUGCAACUGUUUCGUCUUGUUGGUAUAAUUUGUGGGCUGGCUAUCUAUAACUCUGUUUUGCUACACACAAACUUUCCGCUUGCCGUGUACAAGAAACUUCUGGACAGAACUCCUAGACUUGAGGAUUUGGCAGAAAUAGAUCCAUCUCUCGGAAGAAGUUUACAAGGAAUGUUAGACUAUCAAGAAGAUGACUUUGAGGAUACCUUUAAUAUUUGUUUUCAAAUUGACAGACGAUCUUUUGGAGAGCUUCAGACGUUUGAUCUUGUGCCUGGUGGAGCGAGGAUAGCAGUGACGAAAUCAAACAGACAAGACUAUGUUGAUGCUUAUGUGGACUACGUGCUGAACAAGUGUGUUACCAGGCAGUUUGGUGCUUUUGCGGACGGAUUCAGACAUGUUUGCAGUGGGAAAGUACUGGAACUCUUGCAUCCAAAAGAAUUACAAGCGAUAGUGAGUGGUUAUCUGAUGUUUAAUUUGAAAGAGUUGGAAGAGAUUACAGAAUACGGAAACGGGUUCCACAGACAUCACUUUACUAUUGAGGCAUUCUGGGAAGUCGUACACGAACUUGGAGAAAGUCUGAGAAAAAAGUUUUUAAUUUUUCUAACUGGAUCUGAUCGGAUUCCAAUAACUGGAUUGAAAAGUAUGAAGGUUUAUAUUCAGAGAUGUGAUACUGGCGUUCAAGGCGAUCGUCUGCCUGUUGCACACACGUGCUUCAAUGUUUUGGAUCUUCCCGAGUAUGGGAGCAAGACUGUACUACGCGACAAACUUAUUAUGGCCAUAACACAGACGGAAGGUUUUGGUUUAGUAUAGUUUUUAUGACAACGGUAGAGCUCGCUAUCAACCUGUAAAUUGUGUUUGUAUUCUCUCCAUUUGUGUUGACUGCAUUUACGCUCACAAUAGUAUUUGAAUAAUUGUAGAGUAUAUUUGAGUUUGAUGCAUUGAA